AUGCUUUACUUGGCAAAGGCCGUCAGCAUCAAAGAUUUACACUCAACAGUCAAAGAGAGAAUGCCAGAAGGUGCAAAUAUAACAAGUGUGAAGUGGUUGAGAUAUCAAUUUCAACCACUCAAUCCGAAGGCUAACACAUCAAAGUACUACAAGGGAAACAUAAAUGUGAAAAUGAUGGUGCAGAAACGACAGGUAUUGCAAUUUAUAUUACAUACAAAACUUUUUAUGCCCCUUACAAAACUUUUUAUCAACUACUUGAACUACUUCCAGUAAUAAAAAUAUUAAUAAUGAGGAGGUGAGCAAACUAUCAUUGGUACUUUAUCAUUUCAUUUUAGGUGAGAGCUGAGCAUGUUGACAGCCACUAUUGUGCCGCAGCUUGGCGUUACCUCAGAGAGUUUGCUGUGAAGAACAGACACUUGGUGCAACUGGUGAGCAUGGAUGGUAAGCAUAAAAUUAAAUGCGGAGAGCCGUCCUUUCCUUUGGCUGCAGCCGAACGUGGUAAGAAAAUGAUUGUUGCCAUGAACCAAACUAUGGCUGUUUGUGAUCACGAUUUUUCGAAAUGCACGUUGACACCAUCUGUUAACCUCUUGGUGAGUUUUCGCAUGGAGCCCUCGCUUGUUUGAAGAAUAAAAAUCAUUUUUCUUUGAAUUAGCAUCUGUAAUUUUUAGGGACUCAUUGGAUAGUGUGUUUUGUUAUCCAGCCAUAUUCUGGUAUUGAAAUGAUAGACAUGUAUGCAUGGCAGCAAAGGCUUUGUCCACAAAUUUGUUUUUUGGGGGUUGCAUGGCUUUUGCAACCAGUAUGCUCACCCAUAAAUAUCACUAGCUUAUGAAGAAUAAUAUAGAGUCGAAAAAUUGGCAACAUCCAUUCCUUGUAACCAUAUCCAUCAUCCUGAACAGAAGACAUAAACCUUAUACAGUACAAGGAAUAUUGUAUUUAUAUAUUUCUAAAUACCUGGCUCUUAUGUCACUAUCCUUACCUGUAUCUACUGUUUACAGAUUGACAUACCACCAGACAUUAAUGGGAGUUUUUAUCGAGGAAAUGUCUUUGUUGGAAUUAAGGAUUCUAUUAUGCAGCCAUCAUCAGCGCUCCGGCAUUCUGCUGAGUUAGCAGGGAUUUUGGCAUUGGGGGAAGGUAAUAUGUGUAUCAAUUGUUUUUAAAAAUAUUAACUAGAACCUAUGAUUGGGGAAAGUUUGGAAAUCAGAAUUACACUUGACUGAUGUAUUUUUAUACACAGAUUUAGAAGUCUGGUCCAAUGUCACUCAAAACUUUGUCUUUAAUGCUAUUUAAUUCUCUUUUCUUGUAGAAAUCAAACCUGGUCUACUGAUAUAUACUGAUGGUGGGCCAGACCAUCGCAACAACUAAAUGUCGGUUAAGCUAGCACUAAUUGCCCUGUUUUGACAUCUUAAGUUGGAUUUCCUGAUAUCACUCAGAACUGCACCAAGUAAAAUGACUGGGCCAAUCCUGUUGAACGUGUGAUGAGCAUCGUUAACAUAGGACUACAGGGAAUUGGAGUAAUGAGAAGGAAAAUGAGUGAUGAAUUUGAGAAAGCUAUUGGUACAAGUUUUUUUAAACAUAUUUACUGUAUAUUGAAACUUGUGGGUAAUAUCCACUAAAAGCACUGUACAGUACUGUUCUGAUAAAACCUUUUUCAAACUAGUUUAACCUUCUGAGCUUUUUACCAUUCCUUGUGGGUAAUUUAACCAAUAGUCAAUUUGUGGUCAAUUUCUUCCACAGUAAUGUACUAAAGUAAAAGUUGUUGAAUAUGAAAGGAUGUGUUUCUCAUGGUCACAAUUCCCAUUUUACUUUUAUAUAUUAUAUUAUUAAGCAAAUGCUGGUAGUGUUAAAGAGAUGAGGGACAAGGUCAACACUCCUGAACUGAAGAAACAGCUUUCUGAGUCACUCCAGUUUCCUGUCGAUUUGAUUAAGAGCCAGAUGGUUCGUCUUAGUUUAAAAGACGAAUCAUUCCAAGUCUUUGACCCAGCAGAAGAUGAAAAAAUCGACGCUUUAUGGAAACUUUGUCUGGAUGUUGACAAGAGUUUGAAAGUACUGCACACAUUUUUAUUCUCUAGGUUAAUUUAUUAA